UACAAAUCUCGCCUCCGGACGACGACGGAGACAGUCAGAUAAAAAUUAUUAGGGUUUCAGAAUUAUAGAAUUUUCUCUUCAAUUCGAGCCAGUGAAUUGCUGCCGCCUCCUCAAGUCAGUUCCUUUCUUAGUGAGAAUUGAGAAUUUUGCAAUGGAAUUUUUCUUGUAUCCUGUAAUGGCUGAUUAAAUUAACUGCGAAUCGUGGCUGAUCUUGACAAGCAUCUUUCUUGGCUGAUUCAAGGUAUUGUUUUGUGUGCUGUCUGGUUGUGUAGUGGACAUGGGGGCUCUUGCCCAGGUUGUUCCGUGGAUACCCGAAGACGACCUGCUGCUAAAGAAUGCCGUCGAGGCCGGUGCUUCUUUGGAAUCGCUUGCUAAAGGUGCUGUGCAGUUUUCUAGAAGAUUUUCUAUCAGAGAACUGCAAGAUCGAUGGCAUGCACUGCUUUAUGAUCCAGUAGUUUCUGCCGAGGCGGCUUUUCGGAUGACUGAGCUUGAACGUACUAACCCUAAUUUUCCUACAAAGUUUGGUAGAACUGGAUAUUCAAAAGAGAACAAAAGCUCAUCUAGGAAGAGGAAUGCUGAAAGGCUCAGAAGUACUUAUCAUUCCUUGCGGAAGAAAUUUCGGACUGAGCCAUUUAAUUCCUUGGAUCUAGGUUUCCUCGUACCACCAAAUGAUAGCCAUUUCAUGGAUAAUGGUGAUGCAACACAUCUUGGUCUUGAGGACUCUCACAUGGAUAUUAUCCACAACGCGUUUCCAGAAAUCUUGGCUGAAGGCGGUUGCGUGACAACUCAUGUUGUGCUGGAAGAUGAUUUACAGAGAAAGAUUCCUUACGUAGGAGGAGAAAAUCUCACAUUCACUGAACAUGCAGGUCCAUCAGGAUGUGAUGUGGUUCAUCAAGAUUCCGAGCAGAAACUAGAGAAUACUGUUCACGAGGAAAUAACCACAAUGGCUAGCACUGAUUUCCUGGCACAGCUUUCAACUUCUCUUUUCGAAGAAGACGUGGAACCGUUCAUGGAAGUAGAUGGCAAAGAAGUUGACAAGUCAUAUUAUGAUGGUCUUAGCUCACUGUUGGUGAACUCAACAAAUGAUACAAAUCGCGAGGCUUUUCCUAACUCCACCGAGCAAGAUCCUUCCAUUGCACCAACUCAUUCAGGAGAUGCAACUCUGGAUGAUCAUGUGAUGCUUGAGCUAGAUGGUACAAUUGCAAUUGCAUCUGCUUUAGAUCCUCAUCCUGAGAUUGUUGGGGGUGUAAUCUGCUGUUUAUUAAACCAAGAGGAUCCUGAUAUUCCGUGUAAUGAUGACAUUUUCCUAUCCAACAACUCCCAUCCAAUGUCAGUUUCUUCCUUAGCCCGGCGGAACUUUAAGGAUACCAAUAAUCCAUUAACUACAUGUGUUAGAGACCUCUCCGUCAGUAAGGAAAAAAGUGAGGGAUAUUCACUCCAGACUCUAAAGAAAAACCCAGGACGUUUACAGGGGUCUACUCAAGGAAAGCCAGAGAUGGGCCAACCAAGUCAAGCUAGCAAAUUCAGGGCAUCGACUAGUGCUGAGUUAAAGAAUAUUGUAGCUCCUGGUGGUUCUACCUGUGCUGGGUCUGCACAGGCAUGCUCUAAUACUCUGCUUUCUACUGGUACCGGUGCAAAAGAUGGAAAGAAAGAAACUGCUAGUGGAACACUCUUUGUCGGUUCUGAUGGCCAUGGCAGCUAUCAGGAGAAGGAUAGUGAAAACUGUAAAGAGAAAAAUGUUGUACCACCUGUUAAUGAAUCGCCACAUGCUAAAAAUACUGCUGAUGGCUUGAUAGAGAUUACAGACCCUGAGCUGGAGAUCACUCGUGCAGAAGCAGAAGUAGAAGCGCAUGUUUGUGAGAGUGAUGAGGACUUACCCAAUUAUUCUGACAUUGAGGCUAUGAUACUUGACAUGGACUUGGAACCUGAUGAUCAAGAUAAUUUUGAUCUCGAAGUUGCCAAGUAUCAGAGCCAGGACAUGAAAAGAACAAUCAUAAGACUUGAGCAGGCUGCUUAUUCAUAUAUGCAAAGAGCCAUUGCUUCCCGUGGUGCAUUAGCUGUUUUAUAUGGUAGAUAUUCAAAACACUACAUCAAGAAGCCUGAGGUUUUGGUGGGUAGAUCAACAGAAGACCUCGCCGUGGACAUUGAUUUGGGAAGAGAAAAGCGGGGUAGCAAAAUAUCUCGACGACAGGCAAUCAUACGGCUGGGUGAUGAUGGGUCGUUUCAUAUGAAAAAUCUGGGGAAGUAUUCAAUAUCAGUAAAUGAGAAGGAAGUAGAUCCUGGACAGAGUUUGAUCCUCAAAUCCGAUUGUCUAGUUGAGAUUCGGGGAAUGCCUUUCAUAUUUGAAACAAACCAAAGUCGCAUGCAAGAGUACCUGAAGAGAACAGGGAAACUGAACUGAGACCAGAACAAGAGUGCGUGUUGUUUGUGUAGAUGAAUGAUGCACCUCUUGUGUAAUGUACCUUAGCCAUAGGAACACGUCUUGUAGAUCUUUUAUUACAUUUUUAGUUCGCAUCAUGCAUAGUUGACCCUGUUUUAAAGCGUUGAAACGAAAAUACAAGUCUCUUGUAACUGAACUUCUUAGGUUUUAAGCGAAGAAUGAUUGUUCUUGUGUUUGGCUUGUGAAGUUGAUACAAGAGUUCUUUGGAUACCCUAUCAAUGUAAGGGAUUGGUUUCCA